AUGGACUUUCUCAAGAACGUCACUGGCGACAAGGAUGCCGCCCAGAAGCCAACGAACGAGCAGCAGCAGACUACCAACCAAGCAGCUGGCGGCGGCUUCAUGGACAAGCUCAGCGGAUUCACGGGUGGCGAGCAGAAGCCAACGACCGAGACGCAGGAGUCAUCCUCAGGAGGCUUUAUGGACAAGCUAAACAGCAUGGCCGGUGGCGGCAAGGAGAGUGAGAAGAGCGAGGAUGCCCUCGACAAGGGUAUCGACUGGGUUCAGGAGAACGUCAUGGGUCAAGGACAGCAGAGCAACGAGAGUGCAAUCGAGCAGGCCAAGGACAAGCAGAUUGCUGGCUUCAUUAGGGAUCAGUACAAGACCACCACUGGAUCCGACUUUCCUGUCAAGGAGAAGGAGACCUGA